UCGAAUUGAAACUAGAUAAGUGCGCAAUGAUUCCUCAAAAUUAGUUUUUGUGAUCAUUCUGAACAUGUGAACAUCCCUUAGGUAUCUACGUUACCUAAAACAAUAAGUACUCAUUACAUAUAAGCUAAAAUAAGAAGUACUUAUUACAUAACAAGCUUCAUUAAUGAUCAGAGUGCAGUCAUCGUUUGAAGAGAAGAAAAAAGAAUUGUAAUACUGGCUGACAACAAUGUUCAAAUACUCAAGAAAAACUAUUUUAAAAUUGUCCUCUACAAUCGUUAUCGUGGUAAUAAUUUGGAAAAUAGAAGCCAACCCAAAAUGCUCCGACGAUUCACCUCUUAUUGUCCCAAAAUACCAUCUAAUGGAAAAAUGCUACAGAUCUAAGCUUGGAUUGGCUGCCAAGGCCAAAUACACAUCUCUGGUUAGUUGCCUAAGGCUUGGCAUUGAGAAGAAGGCUUUAUCUUUGAACUUCAGUCCUCGUGAAGCGGCGAAGAUGAUGAAGGAGCCGUUGGAGUAUACUUGUGAGGUAUUAAAGUGCGCAGAGGCUGACGGUGGCCUGUCAUUGGUCAAUGAUACGAGAUUCGAUUAUUACAGCAUUUAUGCUAGACCUUUACCAAAUAUGAAUUCCACCUGCGUACCAGCCACUGGAAUGUUCUUCCUCAUCACCCAGAGGUACAACUACACAGAAGGCAUGAAGCAAUGUAGGAACAUUAGCGGAGUAUUGGCUGACGUCACGAGCGAACAGAGAACCGAUGCGCUAGCGCAGCUGUUGGCCGGGGCCGGUGUGGACACGGCCUUAGUAGGGAUGAGGAGGAAGAAUGAGAGCGUCUUCUAUGGGGCCCAUGGUGACUCGCUAGAAUGCACGACAUACCGCGCUUGGGCGCCUGGACAUCCUAGACGAUAUUAUAAUAAGUAUGAUUGCGUGGUGAUCACUCGACAGCGGACAUGGAAAUCCACAUCAUGUAACAAAACGUACCCAGUUCUUUGUGAGUUAAUACCCGGAGGACCUUAUAAAAGGGGCUCAAUAUUUGUCUCUAGAAAAAUUAAUGUUACGGACCCUGCAAGUAAUCGUACUGAUAAUAACAGUAAUUAAGACCUGUUGAGUACCUAUAGUGAAAUUUUAAGACAUGCCAGAAAAAAAUAAUAGAUUUAUAUAUAUCUAAUUAAAUUCUUUUUUCUAUAGCUUC